AUGUUGACUUUAUGUACGAUAGUCGAUUAUAAUAUAUUGAUUGAAUUUUAAUAAAUAAACUGAAAGAAGUUAAUAUUAUAAAUAUGUCGACUAAGAAUAAAACAUCAGAUGGUGCUAGUAAAGGCAAAGUUACAGAGUCUCUUUGGACAAAAGCGUUUACCUCCAACACAGAAUGGCCCGACAAGGAAGAGUUUCUUGAUGUUAUCUAUUGGAUGAGACAAGCCAUUGGUAUAGUACUAGGUCUCUGUUGGGGUCUUAUACCUUUGAAAGGUUUUAUCGGAAUCCUGUUAUUUGUGGCUGUAAAUGCUGGUGUUGUAUAUUUCUAUGUUAGCAAUUACCAAAACAUUGAUGAAGAAGAAUAUGGUGGUAUGUGGGAGAUCACUAAAGAAGGAUUCAUGACUGCUUUUGCUGGAUUUUUGGUGACAUGGAUAAUUAUUUACACAGGAUUACAUGGAAGUGAGAGUUUAUGAAAAGAUAGUUUAAUGAACUGAGGACAUAAGCCAAGAAUACUGCCAAGUGAGAACAAGGAUAGUGAUGUGUGUCUCAGAAGUUGAAGGUAGGCUUAGAUUUUUUUUGUUAUAUCAAUAGAUUAUUUUGCAAUCGCAUAAUUUAUGAUGUGGUUCAUGUUAUAUUUUAUUUAUUUGUGCGAGAAAUAUUUUUAAUUCUUAAAGGAAACUAAGAUAAGUACA